CAGAAAACUUACCUUCUGGCAACACUAACACUUGUUUUGAUUUGUUUCUUGUUGAGGAAUUUCGUUUAUAUCGGAAUUUGGGCGGAACAUCCUCCGGAAACGGAUUUGCCAGCACAGUGGCUAUGUUCAGCGGCGCCAACGGCUGCAAGCGCGUCCACAGCAUCGAGGUUGAGCAGCCGCUGGAGGCGGAGCGGGUGGAGCACAGUCUUCUGCUGGUCAAAGGACGCCUCCUGCCGAAGUGUUCGUCCGCCCGCCAGUUGAAGGCCACUCUCCGCCUGCGGGGCGAUCGCACCGUAGAACAGCUUACCCAGCUCUCUGCCGCCGGGGAGUUCAAGUUGCUCUUCGACUUGGACAGCCAGGAAGGAGUUGGGGAGUCCUUGUGCUACCUGGAGCUGCGCUCCUGCACCGGUGUGCGUCUAAUAAGUAUCACUUACAAGCCCAGAAACAGCUCCUACAAGGUUCAGCCCUUGUACAUUCUUUGCCAAGACGAGCAGUCUGACAGGGAAGAGGAACUCCGCUCACUUAUUGAUCUCAACCUGCGUCUGGUGCAGUGCAUCUACGCCCACAAACUGCAGUCGGCCGGCUUUCCCAAUCGCACUUUCACGUUGAACGGCUCCUGUUGCCCAUUCCGGAGCCAACUCACCCGCGAGCAGGCCCUCUCCAAGAGCGAAAACGAGCUGUGGCAGCACUUUGCCGGCGAAAUCAUCGCCUGUCCGCAGUGGGGCCAUCAGAUUCGCCUGAAAUUCGUCGCUUUUGUAGGCUGCACAACGUACGACGGCCCAGGAGUGGUGGCCAGCGAAGACACAUCCUACGCGAACAUCCGACGGCAUCUUAGGGGACACGCAGCCUUGGGCGGCGGCGGACUAGCUUUGUUCGGCAGUGCCCAUUUCUACGCCUGGCCGCGAACCCUCUCAGAGAUUGGGGACUGUGUGCGGAGUACGGAACGCGUUGAUAUAUCCCGGCUGCCGGACGAGAGCAACUAUCGACGCACCUACGGCGGAGUGUACGCCAGCACUCUGGGUGCCGUGUGCCACGAACUGGGCCACUGCUUCGAUCUGGGCCACACCUCCGAGGGGGUGAUGGGCCAGGGAUUCGACUAUCUCAACCGAGUUCUCACAGUUGACCAGCUCACGGAGCACCUGCCGCAGCGGUUAGUGGAGGGAGCUGCCGCUGAGAGCGCCGCAGGAUCGGCGACUGCCCGUCCCCGCUUCACCAAAUUGAAACUCCAGCCAGGCGUCAAGUUGCUGGACAACUAUCACAACCAGAGACGCCACGACAGCUUCUACUUUGCCCGCAACUGCGCCGUGAUCCUGGCCCACCAUCGCUGGCUCAAUCCCGAACUAGACGUCGCAGAGCCGGAGCCGGCAGAGAUUCAGAUUAAUUGGGCCACCAAGGAGAUCAUCUCGGACAAGGCACUGCGCCUCGUGGAGCUGCGCUGCAACCGCAACAGCCUGGUGGCCCACUACGAGGAGUUCCAUCCAGAGGCGGCGGUGCAUCGCUUCUCGCUUCCCGCCUCACUGUGGGAUCUCCUGGCGGAGCAGCGAUCUCAUUACGCAUUUGUGCUCACCACCAGUGGUGAUACCAAGCGUCUGUCCUGUGAUUCAUAG